AGAUCAACAAUUAAUCGAAUAACAUUUGCAGUUGAGAAAUCUCGUCAAUCAAAGAUCACUUCGAUAUAUUUAACCAAAAUAAAACCGCAAUAUUUUUUGAAUAACCGUGAAAAAUUUAUUAAAACCGUUAAUAAAAAAAAACGCGGUAAAAAAUUAAUAACAAAUCUUGCAGUUUAAAAAAAAUAACAAUAAUUGAGUUACUCGAGUUAUCUCCCUUAUAUACUGCCCAACCCCGAGCAGUUGAAAGCAACAUAACUGAAAUGCAUAAAUCGCGAAUCGAAGUGGAUCCACUGUUGGGUCGAAGUCUGGUUACCACGGAGCCGGUGAAGAAGGGUGAAAUAGUUGUGGAGGAGUCACCAUUUGCGAUGGGCCCAAAACAGAAUAGCGGUAUUGUGUGUCUCGGUUGUUAUCGUGAUUUGAUUUUCGGUGAAGAUGGCGAUUCUCUGGAUCGUUGUGAAAAGUGUGAUUGGCCAUUGUGUAGUGCCUGUUUUGAUAAUCCGGAUCAUACAGGCGAGUGUGAGGUAUUUGCUAAAGCAAAAGUUCAUUUUGCUGGUAAUAUUAGUGAGGAUGGAGUAUGCAGUCAACUGGAUUGCAUAACACCUUUGAGGGUUCUUCUUGCCAAAGAAUCUCAGCCCGAGCGUUGGGAACGUGAAAUUGCACCUAUGGAAUAUCACAAUGAAGAACGUCGCAAAUUGGAUGAUGUUUGGAAUGCUGAUUUUGUGAACAUUGCACAGUAUUUACGAGGACCAUGUCGUCUGGCUGAUCGCUUUUCUGAGGAUCUCAUUAUGCAAGUUGUGGGCAUUUUGGAAGUGAACGCAUUCGAAGCCCGAACCACACAAGGAUAUGCAUUGCGUUGCCUCUAUCCAAUUACUGGUAUUUUAGCUCAUAACUGUGUACCAAACACAUUUCGCACUAUACAUCCGAGUGAGGGUUACAGAAUUCGUCUGCGAGCCAUGUGCGAUCUGGCCGAAGGACAACAGUUACAGCACUCCUAUACAUACACACUGAAUGGCACCGUACAGCGUCAGGAACACUUAAAGACGGGUAAAUUCUUCACCUGCCAAUGCAAACGUUGCAAAGAUCCCACAGAGUUGGGUACAAAUUUCAGUACAUUCAAGUGCAGUAAAUGCGAAGAUGGUUGGCUGUUACCGUCAGAUCCAUUAGAUUCUUCUUGCAAAUGGAAAUGUACACUUUGUACAUUCAGCACAUCCAAUAAUGCAAUACAGAAAGCUCUCUCAGUUAUGCAGUCCGAAGUUGCCACAAUACAAGCUAUGGAGCCAAGUCCACAAAAAUUACAAGAAACAGAGAAGCUGAUGCGAAAAUAUCUUGUAGUUGUACAUCCUCGACACUUUAUACAAACAGGUCUGCGACAGAGUCUCAUCGAGAUGUAUGGACGUGUGGCGGAAUAUGAAUUGGCCGAAUUGCCUGAUGUAAUGCUCGAUCACAAAGAAGAUCUGUGUCGGCAAGUUUUACGUGUUUUGGAAGUUUUCGAGCCGGGUUUGAGCCGCACACGGGCAAUGAUGUUGUACGAAUUACACGUUCCACUGGUUUUAUUGGCCAAAAGUGGAUUCAUAGCGGGUGUUCUGUCAACAGAUGUAUUGAAACAAAAGCUCCUUGAUGUCAUUGAUAUACUUAAAGAAUGCGUGGAUAUACUACAAUAUGAAGAUCCCGAGACGCAAGAGGGUAAUCUUUGUAAAGUAGCACAACAGGCGAUGGAGCAGCUGAUACAGAGCGUAGAAGGUUUAACUGGUAGCGAAUAACCUUGCUGAACGUUUGUCUUGUUAUGUUUUUGAAUAUCUACUAUUGUUGAAAUUAAAUAAAUUGUAUGAAUAUUAUUAAGAAUUACAUAUCUGUAUGUGUG